AUGUCAAAAUUCAACCCCAAGUUCCUCAUCGUCAGCCUCGGCAACCCCCUACCUGAGUACUCCAGCCUGCACUCGGCCGGCCACUUUGCCCUCCGCGGGCUCGCCAAGCCCCUGCGCCAGCCCGGCCUCCGCAGCGGCAAGCUCGGCAAGCUCUCGUGCCUCGUCUCUCCGGGCCCCAAGUACACGCUGGUGCAGUCGCCCACGCUCAUGAACGUCAGCGGGCCCUUCGUCGCCAGGGCGUGGCAGGAGAUGCUCAAGCUGCACGACGCGGCCUCGCUGAGCCUCGUGGUGCUGCACGACGAGCUGGAGAAGGCGCUGGGCCGGGCGGCGCUGGUGCCGUGGGACCGCAGCCCGCGCGGCCACAACGGCAUCAAGAGCGUCAAGCAGGCCCUGAGGGAGGACAGGUACCCGCGGUCGCCGCUGGUGCGCAUCGCGGUGGGCAUCGAUCGGCCGCAGGCGCGCGACCCGGCGACGGUGGCCAGGUACGUGCUGGACCCGAUCCCGGCCGCCAAGCAGAGGGUCCUGGAGGAGGAGGUGCCGUGGGAGGUCAAGACGUUACUGGAGGAGCUCGAGGCGGAGUGGAAAGGCCAAGUGGAGGGGUAG